GUGGGCCACGGUCAGCUGGUUAUUUAAAUAUUAAUAAAGCUGCGUGAUUGGACAGUUCAAGAAUGCGCCGACGGCUAUUACUAUUCAUAAUCUGGACCUUUGCCAUAGUAAGGUUAGCGCGUUUCACAAUCCUAACGAUUCUUUAUGCACAGGAUGAAAACGAAAUACGUUUAGAUUUACUUCCCGCAAAGUUUCAAAGUUAAGCAUCGACUGUAGAAAUCGGUAAAAAAAAAUAAAUAAAUAGAUACCCGAAUGCACAGAAUAAGUACACGAAUAGUGUCUAACGCGUCUGUAGCAUCGACCAACAUCACUACAUCUUCAGAGCUGAACAUGAGGAUACACCUUCCAAGAGUUGAAGAUUUCUCUACUGAUGUGUCGUAAAGGUCCUUAAACUUGUGUCUUUGCAAUACUGAUCAUAUACAAUUCACCUGAUGCUACGCAAUGAUGCAUAACUACAAUCAUAUCUAAGAAUCUCAUGAAAUGAAUUCCAAUACCGUGAUAAACCUUCUAUUUAUUUCUAACAUACAGGGCUUUUAAUCUUUAGGUUUUUUUUACACCACAAUGCAAAUCCCUCGGAACAGGACGGGGCUAGUUGUCACAAGUGAAGAAAUGAAUGAAAACCACAAAGACUUCAUCAUCUAUAGACUUUAUUAUGACUAUGAAUGGGAUUUUUGUGCCUCUUCCUUGUCUAGAUGCCAGGUCUGCUCACUUUGCACAUCAACAAACUUCACGGGGUGCAUCUUUUUGAAGUAUCUAUUUGAUGGCUAUAUUUUAGAAGUCUAUCCCCAACACUCGACCGCUCAUCUUCCUUAAUUUUUCUUUUCUUUUUUUAAAGAUACGCAUGCAGUCUGCCACUGACGUUUGUGCAUUUUAAGGUUUUUAAGAUCACGGGAAACAUAAAUUCAGUCAGGUGUGCCCAAACAUUUGCUGUACAUGCAGAGACUGACCGCAUAAAGUUUAACUCCGCUUACUAAGGGUAAUCAUUAAUACAGCGUUGCGAGGCAAGUAGGACAGCAAUCGAACACCUUGACAUUCACAGUAACAGAGUCGCAGGGUAAGGAUGACGGGCCUCAUGCGAAUCUGAUGAAGCCCGUGUAGGAGCUGGGAAGGUCUCGGACGAUUUCAACCUGAGAAGAACGGAGGGACAGAUCUGGAACAGAAUGGCGAUAUUUAACAACACAACGGCCACAAACAUCAGCGGUCCGUAUCACUGUAAGAUAGAUGAACAGUUCAAGUACAUUCUCCUCCCGGUGAGCUACACUCUGGUGUUUGUGUUCGGCCUGGCGUUGAACAUCACGGCCAUGUAUUUCAUCCUGUUCCGAACCAAACACUGGAAGCCCAGCACCAUCUACAUGCUCAACCUCAACAUCUGCGACACGCUUUACGUCCUCACCCUGCCGUUCCUCAUCUACUAUUACGCCGAUAAGAACGACUGGCCGUUCGGGGAGCUGAUGUGUAAGCUGAUUCGCUUUCUCUUCUACACAAACCUCUACGGGAGCAUCCUCUUCCUCAGCUGCAUCAGUCUGCACCGCUUUUUAGGCGUCUGUCACCCGGUGCGCUCCUUGUCCUGGAUGAACGGCCGCCGCGCUCGUUUGGUUUCGGUGGGAAUAUGGAUGAUCAUUCUCAUCUUACAAGCACCGAUUCUUUAUUUCUCCAGGAUGAAUGAUACCGGUGACACGAAAUCACAGUCGACGGUUUGCUACGACACCACGAGCAAGGAGCUCUUCGAUGACUUUGUUGUUUACAGCUCGGUGGUGAUGUUCCUGCUUUUUGUCGUACCGUUCGGGGUGGUGCUGGUCUGCAACGGCUUGAUGGUGAAGAAACUUCAGGAACCCGGUAUUGGUGGAGGCCCGAUGUCGCAGCGCUUUAAGCAGAAGUCGGUGAAGAUGAUCAUCAUCGUGCUUCUUGCUUUCAUGUUGUGCUUCUUGCCUUUCCACGUGAACCGCAGUAUAUACUACACCUUCCGUUACCUGGACAAACAAGUGAGCUGCUCGAUGCUGGAGGCUGCCAGCAUGGCCUACAAGGUCACGCGACCUCUGGCCAGCGCCAACAGCUGCAUCGACCCCAUCCUCUACUUCAUGGCAGGACAGGGUUUCAGAAGCAGCUUCAAGAACAAGAAAAGUAAAUCAAGUAAAUCUGAAAAUAGGAAAUCACCCUCAGCUUCUUUAUAGCGCACUUGAGGGAAAAUGAAGUGCCUCACUCAGGGAAAGACCCAUGAUGAAAUGUCGGAAUACUUUAAAAGUAGAUCCUACUAAGAAACCUGUCGGCGUUGUAUAAAUAGAAGGACCUUGUGACCCUUCCAAAGGACAUUUUAUAGAAUGUGAAGGACAGUGUUGCUCUAUAUAUAUCUGCUCUCUGACCAGAGAACAUGCUGUUUUCUAUUCAUGCUGCAUAAACCUCUGCUUCUGUUUAGCAACCUAGCAAACUGACACUGCGCCUAAGAUUCAUAUAGGUUAAUUAAGUGUUUAUGAAAAGGUGUGUCGAGACGGUUGGUAUCAGCGCAACGACAUUUCACUAACUCGCUGGAAUUUGGUUCACGUCCAGAAUAUUGUUCCAGGACACAAAAUUAGAUAAAGCUGUCUUAACAUGCCUUUGAUGAGAUCAGGUAGUCAAGACAGUUGUUACUGUCAAUUAAUAGGGGUUAUAUAAUGUGGCUAAAAAACAUUAUUUGUGCAUUUGGUUUAACGCGGUGUAAGGUUAAAAAACACAUUAUUUUCCACAUACCGUGAAUCGUUACUGUUUGUCCUCUAAGCCCCGCCUUCGUAAAAACAGGUGGAUUUGUACAAAGCUCAUUGUUAUUAAAAAAAAGCGAGGUGUGCUCUGAUUGACCAGCUAUCCAGCGCGUUCGUUGUGAUUGGCCGAAUAUCUCAAAUGUUAUGUCCCGGCGUAAUAACGUUAAAACAAUAAAUGCCAUUACAAACGAGUAAUUUGUGGCAUAAUUACUGAUUAAGUUUGCGUAAACAUAAUUACAACAAAUUCGUGAUCGGAUAAACGACAAACAAAAAGCUCUACUCUCUCAAUGCUCAAAACUCACGUUUGAAUAGUAAGUCUUAACUUUUAUAAAGAAACUUUAGUCUUUGCAGCUUUAGGGAUCUUAUAUAUGCACUAACACUCCAAAGAGGAGUGACGCAUUUAAAACUAAAACUGAAAGCGAAAAUAUGAAAUGAAGUAAAAUAAAAACUGAAAUAAAAUUUAAAGUUUAAAAUUUAAAUUAAAAUUUAAGUAUUGAAAUAAUAAUAAAAAC